CACAAUUGUUAUUUUCUCGCAAAAAAACACAAUGAUGCCCAAGCGAGCACCACGAAUCCACCAGGCAUUAUGGAACAGGCACAAAAGGGAAAUAAUCGCAGUUUUCCUCGCACCAAAGUCGAGUUUAAAUCGGACAAGAGAGUAUAUGAGAAAUAAGUAUGGGUUCAAUGCAAGCAUAAAGCAAUAUACAACCCAACUGAAACACUGGGGGAUCGGAAAGAAUACAAAAGCGAGUAAAUGGAAGUACACCUGCUAUAAACUGCGUGAACGGGAGUUGCAGGGAAAGCCCAGUGCUGUGUUGAAACAUGACAGGAAGUUGGAUGAUAAAACAGUGCAGAAGGAAACUUCACGAAAUGUCAGCUUGACGGACAUGUCUACUAUGGACUUGGAUGAAGAUAUUCCGACCCCAUCGGAUAUCCAGAUUGUCACUCCACCUCCAACAAAUGAUGAACUCCUUUGUAUGAGAGUUCGCGUUGACAACCUCCCUUGGAUUCAGUUCAAGUUGGAAGUACAAUCAAUCGGUAUCAUCAUAUUUAUACAGUGGUUGGGACUCAGGCUAAUUUAAUAGUGUGGAGUGGGCUUGCCCUCAACCUACAGCUUCCCGUAUUUACUCCGGGG